AUGGGUUCACAGAGACAAGGCGUACGGGAAGGAAUUCCUAAUGUUAACUACGAGAGGGAACAGGAAACGUUUAUGGCUACCAUGAACGACAUGGCUGAAGUAGUGCGUGAAGCUGUUGUAGGAGCGGCUAGGGCUGUUGAACGUCUUGGAGUGAGAAAUGGGGACGAGAAUGGAUACGGAGAAGAUAAUGGAAAUGAUGAGAAUAACUUAGGGCAUCUCGAAAGACCUAUGACCCUUGCGACUUUUCUGAAAGUUAAACCGCCUAAGUUUAAAGGUACACUUGUUGCGACUGAUGCUGACAAUUGGUUUCGAGCUAUUGAACGAUCACUGCGAGCGCAGCAUGUUCCGGAAGGCCAGCACGUGGAGUUUGCUACUUAUAUGCUGGAAGGAGAAGCUGAGCAUUGGUGGCAGGGGAUACAACGACUGCUGCAACAAGAUGAAGGCGAUAUUCCUUGGAAUACUUUUAAGGACGAAUUUUAUAAGAAGUAUUUUCCGAGGGCAGCUCGUGAUGCUAAGGAGAUGGAACUUAUGCAGCUGAAACAGGGUAAUACAACUAUUGCAGAAUACACCCGUAAAUUUGGUGACUUGUGCCGUUUCUCCAAGAUUUGUCAAGGGGAUCCUGCUGACCUUGAAGAAUGGAAGUGCUUGAAGUUUGAAGGAGGCCUUUGUGUUGAUCUGAUGAUCAACAAGAGCAAGUUAGUGGAAGAAUGUAUUAAGAAAGUGACUGUGGCUAAAGUGAGUCGCCAAGGAUUUCCACCAAGGCGUCUUAGCAAUCAUCAGACAGCUGGGAGAAGUGUGCAUUUUAAAGCACGUGGCAUACGACAGUGUAAGAACCUACAAGUUGGUAACAUUACUGAUCGCCGUAUGGGUAAGAAUGGAGGUCUUGCCAGUUUGGAUCACCUAACUGCUAUGCUUGUAGAGAACUUGGACAUAUUGCCAAGGAUUGUCCAAAGGGAUUUACUCGAAAUCCAGUUAGCACUCAACAACAAGGACGAGUGUUUGCUAUCACUAUUGACAAUGUUGUGCAAUCGAACACCCUCAUUCAAGGUGAAAGAAUUUCCUGAUGUUUUCUUGGACGACAUACCUGAGUUUCUUCCUCAGCAAGAGAUAAAAUUCAGCAUUGAUCUAGUACCUGGAACCGGACCGAUUUUCAUAGCACCGUACCGGAUGUCACCAUUGCUUGCAGAGCUGAAGAAGCUAUGA